AUUAGGAACCUAGUGACCAGGUCCAAGUAAAUGCAUGAAAAGAGCAACUGAAGCAAGACGACACCUCCAAAAUGCAAAUAUUUGAUUUUGAUGACAUUGUAGGUGCUACAAACAACUUCAGCGUCACAAACAAACUGGGACAAGGGGCCUUCGGACCUGUCUAUAAGGGAAAGCUGACAGAUGGGAAAGAGGUGGCUGUGAAAAGGCUUUCUAGCAGUUCGAGCCAAGGAAUGGAGGAAUUCGAGAAUGAGAUAAGUCUAAUAUCGAAGCUUCAACACCGAAAUCUCAUACGGCUCAUUGGAUGCUGCGUUGAACAAGAAGAGAAAAUAUUAGUUUACGAAUACUUGCCAAACAAAAGCUUGGACACCUUUCUCUUUGAUUGGAAAAGGAAGGCCGAACUCAGCUGGGACAAACGCUUCCGCAUCACCCAGGAGGUUGCUAGAGGACUUCUCUAUCUCCACAGGGAUUCAUGCCUACGGGUUAUCCACCGAGACUUGAAAGUCAGCAACAUCCUCCUCGAUGAGAAGUUAAAUCCAAAAAUUUCUGAUUUUGGCCUUGCACGGAUGUUUCAAGGCACACAGGAUUUGGCUAACACUCACAGGGUUGUGGGAACACUUGGCUAUAUAUCUCCAGAGUAUGCAAUGGGUGGGAUAUUUUCAGAGAAAUCUGAUGUCUAUAGCUUUGGAGUACUUGUACUAGAAAUUGUCAGUGGCAAGAAGAAUACAAGCUGGUCUUACGAUGGAGAAGAUCCCAAUCUUCUAUCAUAUGCGUGGCAACUGUGGCUUGAGGGAAGAGAUUUUGAUUUGUUGGAUGAAACAAUUGCGGAUUCUUCUUCUCCAUCAGAAGUAAUGAAGUGCAUUCAGAUUGGGCUUCUGUGUGUCCAGGAUCAUGCGGUGGACAGACCAAACAUGUCGACUAUAGCUCUGAUGCUGACCGGUGAAAUGAAGCUUCUGCAACCAAAAGAGCCGACAUUUACCUUCCAAAAGUUAUUUGAUCAUAAGAUUCAGUCGGGCUACAAAAGUAGUUGGUCCAAGAACAUAAUCACUAAUUCUUUUGUUGAAGGAAGGUGAUCAACUUUGCAGAUUCAUUGCU